AUGGUCCUCCAGGGCAGAGACGUCGCCGCCGCCGGGCUCGUCUGCUUCGUAGCCUGGGGCUACGCCAUCGCCUGGCUCCCGGCCCUCCGGUGGGCUGGCUACGCCUUUGUUGCCGGCUGUCUCCUGACCAUCGUCUCCGUGUUUGCCCUCAUAUUGCUCACGUCGCGCGGGGGUGCCGCCUACUACAACAACCAUGUUCGGCGAAAUCGAUCUGCGAGGCCGCGGGCCGUCGAGUUCGUGGGGCCCCUUGCCUGGCGGAGGGAGACGAGCUCGCUCCGAGUCCGCCAAAUCUACGAGCCCGCGCCCCUGUAUCCGGAUUCGCGGCGCAUCUCGCACGCCCUCGACGAACUGCUCCGCAUGAUUCUCCGGGACUUUGUCAAGUCUUGGUACGCACACAUUAGCAGCAACCCGGUUUUUGCCAACGAGGUCGACAAGGUUGUGAGGAUCGCGCUGGCCAAUAUUCGCAAUCGCCUGCUGGACGUUGAUCUGGUGGAUGUGAUUACGAGCCGGAUCGUGCCCAUCUUGACGGCGCACUUUCGGGACUUCAACGAUGCGGAACGGGCAGUGAGAGGCAGGAAGCUGAACAAGUCCGUGACCGAGACGGAAGAGCUGGACCUCGCCAUCGCUGCAAAGUACAAGGAGGGCAAACUGCAUGCGGCCGCCAGCCUGGCCUAUUCAGACCCAAAGAUGAUGCAGCAGGAACACUUGCGCAAGAUUGUUGCCGGCAUACUCCCCAAAGUGUUGCCACAGAGCACUCUUAACAGCCGAGCAGUUUCAAGCAUCGUGCGCGAGAUUGUGGGCUGUGCAGUGCUUCAUCCCGUCAUAACCAUGCUGAGCCAACCGGAUACUUGGAACCAGAUCAUGGAGAAUUAUGGACGGACCAUGCUGCAGGAUCGGUCUACUGUCAAGAAGCUGAGAGCGGCGCUGGAUACUCAUGCAAGCCCCAAUCCCAAAAGCCGUAGCAAAGCGGCCUUGACAUUUCCAAAGCUCUCGCCCGGGGACGGUGAGAGGAGGUUCGAAAAGUGGAUCAGGAACAUCAGGAGAGUGAACAAUCUCUCUGAUGCCAGGAGAUUUAGGAGUGAGGUCGCAAGCCAGUUGAGAAAAGACUCUGAGCAGGAGGGGCAAGAUCAAGUAUAUAUGAGGCGACUAGAGAUGGGCAAAAGAUUACUGGACCAGAGAGUUCAUCAACUUGCUGCAGGAGGCGAUCGAAGACCCAUGCCCAAUUUCGCGAAUAACUCUCCGCCUUCAGAGAGCUCUCGUCUAGAGCAUGCCCGCUUGGCCGAUCUGCUGCGAGACACUUCAGGCUUGUCAUACUUCAUGGAGUACAUGGAUAGACAAAAAAUGAUGCCUCUGGUACAAUUUUGGUUGGUUGUCGAUGGAUUCCGCAAUCCCCUCGAAGACGAUGGACCAGAAAAUGAGCAAUUACCAUCAACACUCCCGCCUUGGACAUACUCUGACCGCCUCGACCUCGCCCAGAUAGAACAGGCAUACAUGUCAAAACCUGAGCUCAAAGUGCCGGAAUCAUCAAGAAAGGCGAUUCGAAACUUCUUGGAGGCUGGCAAAGGUGCUACCCCUGAACAGUACUUCAGAGCGAGACGUGCAGUUUUGCGGGCGCAAAGUGUCGUGCUCGAGGAGAUGCAAUCAAAAUAUUUUCAACCAUUCAAAAAAUCCGAUCUAUGGUAUAAAUGUUUGGCAUCUGAAGAAGCAUCAAAGAAAACCGUCUCCUUGCUUCCACCACCACUGCCGCCUAGGCCAGCCAGCCCCCCUUUGGCCAGAGCAUCUACAUCAUACCAACCAAUUAAACCUGCACCAACCUCUGUCGCCAGGCUGAACCCUCGACUGAAUGCACAAGCAAGGCGUGGCCUGUCGGCUACAGAUUUGCGGCAGGCUGUUAAUGGUAGCCAUAGUCCUGAUCGGCUCAUGGGUCGGCGCUCUCUUGAUGAGCCUGCCGGUGCGCCCCUAUUCGACGAUGAUGAUUUGGAGCAUGACCCCAUGGGUGACUCGAUUCAAAGCCUGGAUCAGGAUCCUACAAAUCCUGCUCCCGAUAAUCGGGUGGUGCAGGCUAUGGAAGAGGCGCUGAACAACAUCAUGGAAACUGAAAGACCUCGGACGGCCGAGGAUCUUCGUGAGUCAUUGUUUGGUGAUGAGGAUGGGUCAGCCAGUCUCUUCCCUGGCAACGACAACGAUUCGGCGCGUGGAUCUGUGGACCUGCAACGAUCCGGUCCUUCUUCGUCUGGAAAGGAGGUGGGCAAGCCCAGUCUGUCAUCAUUGGGUCUUGUGAGCGCAGCGUCUCGAAUUGGCGUCUUUGAAGAUAACGACUUGUUUGGCGACGAGGAUAAGUUCCUGGCCGAGGAUGGAGACGACCCUUCUGAAGAAACAGGAAACCCUGAGGAUGAAGUACACGAAGCGGCACCAGGCGAUUUAGGCCUAGCUGAAGCAAUCACUGUACUUACAAACGCUAUUGACCGACUUGUCGCGCAGGAAGCUGUGCUCGACUCGCUGAUGAAGAAGGCGGAGCUGACCAACAAUACGGCCGAAUUGCGCAUCCUGAGGAAAUCAAAAGGGAGUCUUCAAAGAGAGCUCAGGCGGAAGGAGUUACAAAGGCAGCAAUACGUCGUUCAGGAGAGCGACAACAGUCUUUAUGGUCGUUCGUCCAUUAGCAUCAAAGCGAUCCAGGUGGGACGAGAAGAUGACGGCAAGGAGUUUGCGCUAUACGUGAUAGAGGUCCAGCGUGUGGCCGGCGAGAAGAUGCCGGCCGCCACAUGGAUUGUCACGAGGCGUUAUAGCGAGUUCCACGAGCUGCACCAAAAGCUUCGGCAUAGAUAUCCCUCGGUCCGAGACUUGGACUUUCCACGGAGACGGGUCAUGAUGAAGCUGCAGAGCGAGUUUCUGCGUAAACGCCAGCAAGCGCUCGAGCAGUAUCUGCAGCAACUUUUACGGCUUCCUGAAGUUUGCCGCUCUCGCGACCUGCGUGCUUUCUUGUCGCAAAGUGUCAUUAAGGAGGGCGAGGAUCUUAUCUCGCGCGAAGACAAGAAGGACAUGAUGACCAGAUUCUAUGACUCGGUAACGGACGGAAUGGAGGACAUACUUGGCAACAUACCAGUUCUCGAUCAACUCUCGGUGGCCGGCCAGAAUCUGAUUGCAGCCGCAACCAGCCAGCUGAACACACACAUGGUGCCAUUGCCACUCAACGUGGGCGAAGAUGCUCUUACGGCAGCCGAGGCGGAAGCUGAACUAAAUGCUUUCGAGAACAAGGAGCUUGAGCCUUUUAUCAAACCCAUCUGUGACAUAUUCCUGGAAAUCUUUGAGCUGAACCGAGGCAACAAUUGGCUGCGUGGCCGCGCCGUGGUGGUCGUGCUCCACCAGUUGCUCGGCGGCACAGUGGAGCGCAAAGUACGUGACAAUAUCAAAGUCCUUGUGCAGGAAGACGCCAUUCUCAAAUACAUUGGCCUGCUCAAGGACAGCAUGUGGCCCGACGGCGAGAUGAAGAAAAACAAAGCCUUCCGUACAAAUGCGGAAAAGGCCAAGACGAGGCGCGAGGCGGGCUUGAUGCUGGCCACGCUCAUCCCCGACCUGGCGGGUAGUGUCGUGGGACGGCUGAAUGCUCAAGCCGCAAGUCGGAGGCUCUUUGCUACCCUCAAUAAUGAAAGACUAAAGUAA